AUGAAAAACACCGCUCUGCGCUCAAGCCCGGCAAUUAUCAACCAAAGAUCCCUAGUCGAAUAUAUUACAAAUUACCCCAACUACCGUCAUUUGAAAGAUGACCGAACGGUGAUGCUGGUGAUGAUGCAGCGCGAUCCCAUUGGAACAAGCGUUUCCGAGAGUGUAUGUCGACCCAACCUACCUCAUUAUCCUCUGCUCGGCCUUGGUAACUCCCACUACGGGUCUUUGGCACAAAAGAUAUUUUUUGGAAUCAUCCGCCAGCCGAAACGGACAGCAUCAGGGGAAGAGUUGAGGGAAAAGCAAACAGAAACCUCAUCAAUCUCCAGCUCAAUGAACUCCGUGCUUGGCCUGUCAACUUCUUGUAGGGCUGAGAGGCCUAAAAGUGGGGCCACCUUCGAGUUUUUCCGCCAGGGUCUUGGCUCUUCUUGCUCUUGGGGGAUGACAUCAGGGCAUGGCUUGGCAUCAUCAACAAGCACCAAGAACCACCGGCCUGGUCCUCUGCAGCAAAAUGUUCCUUCCAGCCGCCUUGUCCCAACAGACAGGCUGUCCAAAAGCCAGAGCAUAGUGACUCCAGCGCUGCGCAUAGGCACACACUUAAACCUCCUACGCACGCACUGA